AUGUUGGCGAGGGUGAGAAAGUUAACACAACGCGAGAUUCGAAGAAUGAAGGGUUAUUUUGGUAUCGUGUUGUUUUCUCUGCUCAUUGAUAAUAUAUCCUGCAGUCCGCCAUGUGAGCCGAGUGUCACUAGGUACCGUGAACUAGAUAGACAAUUCAACGAGAACGUAACACCAAUUCAAUCUUCCACGACAAAGGCAGCCAUCAUUUGCUCCAGGAAAUGUCGAGAGAGUUCUGAUCCUCGGUGUAUGUCCUUUAAUUUUAACACCAGAACUAAAGAAUGUCUGCUCUACAGUUCACCACUCGACCCCAUUAUUACCAACUACGUCGAGAAACCUGGCUCUCAAAAUUGGCAAGUUUCUUUCAACUGUCAGGAGAAAGAAGAACUGGAACCUAGAGAUCUGACAACAGAAAAGAUUUUACCACUUACCGAGCAAGAUAUUACUUUGUCGCCUACAGUUAUAACAUCUGGAAUACUUAGUUCCACUACUGAAUAUAUCUCUACUAUGGAACCGGAUAACGACUGUGUACCAGGCUGGGGAUUGUUGUAUCCUGUACUGAUAGCUUGUUCAGUAAUAACAAUAAUAAUACUCAUCACUAUAGCAGCUUGCUGUAUCCACAAACACUGCGAGAAGAAAAGAAAACAAGGCUACAGACCGUUUCAACCCAGUCCAUCACGAACGUCUUAA